CAUCCAUAUUAAAUCGGUACUAAAACAAUAAGACCAACAAAAAGAAAGUCCCAAGUGGAAUAAAGUGAAAGAUGAGGGGUUACCAAGAAAUCUAACACAGACCUAAUCGGCCAAUCCUUGUUGAGACGACGUCGUAUGCAGAGGCAUCGCAACUUCGCUAGUCAUGUAAGAAGUAAUCUUGUCUGACGGCUUGGGGUUUCGGUUACCGGCUGAAGGAGAAUGACUGCAGCAAUGGAGGCGAACGGAGAGCAGAAAGCCGGCGGGAAGGAAGGGAACAAUCUUCUGGGUUCGCCGACCUUCAAGGAGCUUGAAAACGGAAGGCUCAAGUGCGUUGAGACUGGUCACGAGAUGCUUGAGAAGGACAGGGAUUCCUAUUCUCAGAGCAAACGCUGCCGUGUGGGCCUCAUCGACUUCGCUCUGGCCAACAGUAAACCCCCUCUCAAUAUGUUCAAGCAAGACCCACUUUGUCGUUCAAAGUUGGUGUGUAAGAUGACUGGUGAUAGUGUCAAUAAGUCUGAGGAACAUAUUUGGAAGCAUAUCAAUGGGAGAAGAUUCCUUAACAAAUUAGAGCAAAAGGAAACUGAGAAACUAUUUUCAAAUGGAGCAGUCGAGGAAGAUAAGCAGAAGCUGAAGAAAGAGCUGGAAUCAAGUGUGGAUGGUGUGAAGAAGAGUAAGAAGGAGAAGAAGAAGCAGAAGAAGAAGAAGGAAAAGGCAGUUGAAGAAAUAAUCUCAGAAGUUAGGAAUUCUUCUGAUAAGGAUAGUGAUUCAGAAGAAGCUGACUUCUGGAUGCCUCUGGUUGGAGAACGCUGGGACUUCGAUGAUGGAGGUGAUCGAUGGGGUUCAGAUUCUGGCUUAGAGUUAGAGCAGGAAAGUGAUGAAGAAAUUGGAACAGAGGGUGCUGUUCAAGAUGGUGAGAAGGAAUCUGAAGAGCUCUCUGCCAGGACAAAGAGAAUGUCCAUCGAAAUUGGACCUAGUAGUUUUGCCUCAAGGAAGAAGAAGAGCAGGAAGAAUCCUACAUGCUAGAUUUUUGCCUGUAGUCUCUACCUAUUUUCUAAAUUUUUUAAUUAAUUUUAUAGAGUAGCUCAAAAAAAUUAGUAGAACUCGGGGUUGUGAUUCACGUUUUGUUCGGUCUAUGGUAAUGCAAAAUUCCAUCAUCCUGUUUUUGUUCCAAUUGAGGUAUUGCAGCACAUU